AUGGGGUUGGUGCGUACCAUAGGGUUGGUGUGUGUACCAUGGGGUUGGUGUGUGUACCGUGGGGUUGGGUUUUAUGUGUACCAUAGGGUUGGUGUGUGUACCAUGGGGUUGGUGUGUGUACCAUGGGGUUGGUGUGUGUACCGUGGGGUUGUGUGUGUACCAUGGGGUUUUAUGUGUACCAUAGGGCUGGCUCUGGUUCAGGAGGCGACCAACAAGAACCAGGACUUCCAGAACGCCAGUCAGUCCCUGGACUUCUUCCUCUUUAAUCUGCCCAGCAACACCAUCAAACCCACCGACGACUCGGCUCAGAUCUCUGCCAAACUCUACUCGCAGAAGAGAGUGGUGGAGGACAUCCAGAAGAAGUCUGCAGAUCUGGACCGGGUCAAAGAUCUGUCCCAGGAUCUACAGAACCUCCUCUAUACGUACGAGUCCAAGUCCAGCACGUACCGUGACAUUCUGUGUCCGGACCAGGACGAAGACGAUGAAGGCGAUGACGAAGAGGAAGUUCUCUCUUUGAAGAAAAGACAGACGUCCACCAUGGCCCAAGCUGUGCAGAAACAGGAACAAGAUUUACUGAACUUAUACUCUGAAGUAUCGGCCAAGAACACCCAGCUCCUCAACCAGCUGAACACCACCAAGAACAUCAAGGACAGGAAUGAGGACAUGGUCAAUCACGUAGUGGUCAUCCAACAAGAGCAGUUGCAGAGUCAGCAGAAAGACCUGGAGGCCAGUAGUAGCCUGAAGAGAGAACUUAGUGAAGAGACAGCCCGACGAAUGCGAGUAGAGACCGACUUUGACACCUACACCAAGAGGUUCAUGUCUCUGAAGAGCCGGAGGGGUGUGGAGCGGGUGGAGGAGAAAGAGGUGGUUAAGUACUACAGAGACCCCAAGCUCGAGGUAGAACUGGAGGCUUUGAGAAGAAAGAUCCAGGAAGAGUCCACAAAGAGGACCAGAACUCGCUCCGAAAUUGAGAUCAUGACCCAGAGGAUGACCAAACUCCAAGUGGAGAUUAGCAGAAUUGAACCCAAGCUGAUCACCAAGGUCUUGACAGAGUACGAAAGAGACCCAGCACUGGACCGCGAAGCUACAAGGAUCAAGGAGGAGAUGGAGAGGAUCCGCCUGAUGGUCCAGACACAAGACUCUGAAAAGAUCCAUGUCAAGACUGAGCUCACAGUACUGGCCCAGCAGAAGCCAAAGAUCAGGGAAAAGGUGGUGAAGAAGGAGGUGGUGCGACUGGAGAAGGAUCCAGAGAUGCUUAAGUCCGUCCUGAUCUUCCAGAACGAGCUGGCGGACGAGGAAUCCAGGUGCCAGAUGAUCAACGAGAACAUCUUCAGCGUGCGCAGCGAAAUCAAUAAUCUGGAGAGGGUCAUCCCCACAAUCCAGCCAAAGAUAGUGAGCAAAGUGGUCAAGAAGGUGGAGCAGGACCCGGAGCUCCUGGAGGAGUCCAAGAAACUGCGCAUCGCCCUGGAGGAGGAGAAGGAUGAGAAUGUGAUCCUCAUGAAGGACCUGAGAACACUUCAGCUGCGCUACAGUGAAGUGGAGAGAAUGGUGAACAAAGUGGAGAUGAAGGAGAUCCUCCACGAGCUGUACAGAGUGGAUCCAGAGACGGAGGUGGAGCUUGUGCGCCUGAGAAAAGAGCUACAGGACCUGCACCGUAACCGCUCAGAGACCGACAAGGAGAUCCUCACAAUCACCUCAACACUGUCCACGCUACGGGCCCAGAAACCGAUGGUAGAGUACAAAGAAGUGACCCAGGAGGUGAUCAAACAAGAGAAGAGCCCCGAGGUACAGAGGGAGCUCCAGAGGCUCAGCCACCAGGUGUCCCGUCUCCAAAGCAACGUGGACUCCACUCUGGAGCUGCUGAUACGCCUACGCAAAGAGAGAGACACACUGAGAGAGGAGAGGUCCAAGGUAGAAACCAAGCUAGUUACAAGGGAACAGAUCAAUUAUGAAGAUGACCCCAUGCUCCUGAAAGAGGCUGACAGGCUGAGGAGGAACCUGAGGGAAGAGAUUCACCAACGCAGAACUCUAGAAGAGUCGCUCUUUGACAUCCAGAACAUAUACAUCACCCUGGAGCGGCAAAAGCCUGAGGAGAAGAUCAUCACCAAGGAGGUUGUGCGCCUUCAAAAGGAUCCCAAACAGAUCCUGGAAUACGAGAAGCUCAACAAGAGCAUGGAUGACGAGCUGAAAGCCAGAAGAAAGCUGGAGCAGGAAGUACGUCAGCUCCGCGUGCUGGUCCAGGAGAAGGAGAGCAUGCUGGCUCAGAUGGACGACAGACAGAAGAGGAUCCAGAUAGAAGGGGAACUGCGGCGGAUAAAGACUCGCAUUCUGGAGCUCGAGACCGCUGUGCAACCAGUCGAAGAAAAGAUAAUUAUUGAGGAGGUUCUGAAGGUAGAGAGGGAUCCCAAGCUGGAGAAACUCACCGAUGGCAUACGUCUGAAUUUAGAAACUGAGGGCAAUGAAUUAAGCCGACUGGAACGAGAAAUACGCAACCUCAGGAUCAAACUGGAAAUAUUGCAGAAGGAGAAAUCCACAGAGAAGGUGGUGUACAGAGAGGUGGUGCGUGUGGAGAAAGACCCCACCGUGGAGGCACAGAGGGACCACCUCAGGGAACAAGUGUCCCAGGAGAGAAACAAGAGACGUGAUGUGGAGGACUCUCUGCAGAGCUUCACCCUCAAGAUCAACCAGCUGGUGUCAUCCAAGUCUGUGGUCACUCAGGAGGAGACCAUACUGACCACCAGCAGGGAAGCACUUCAGAGAGAGAAAGAGGAUCUCCUACGGCAACUCAAGGCCCUGGAGAUUCAACGGCAGAGCAUCAGCAUCACCUUCCAGCAACAGUCCAAACUUGUCAGUGAGAGGAACUUGAUGGCACGCCAGAGGAGUCUCAAGACCAACUCUGAGAUCCAACGACUAGAGAAGGACAUCUUGACCGAGAAAGACAUCAUCCAUCAGCGGGAAAAGAUUAUAAUUGAGCUCCAGAACAGCAUCCAGGCAGAGGACCAUUCUGAAACUCACACCAGAGAGACCAACAUGUCAACUAAAGUGACCAUUUUGGAUCCAGAAACGGGCAAAAGCUUGUCGCCGUAUGAUGCCUACCUACUGGGUCUGCUCAGCCGAGAGCAGUACAUCCACCUGGCUGAGCUGGAGUGUGACUGGGAGGAGAUCACCUCCACCGGGCCAGAUGGGGACACCACCAUUCUGCAGGACCGCAAGAGUGGAAAACAAUACUCUGUGAAGGAUGCGAUGCUGUCCGGGCGCGUCACCACUUACGACCUGAGCCGGUACAAGGAAGGCAAGAUGCCCAUCUCCGAGUUUGCUCUUCUUGUGGCAGGAGACACCCGACCCACCCCUGUUCCUCCACUGCUGCCACCUCAAUCCCCGAUACUCAGGUCUCCCACCAAAACUGUGCCCAGCUCUCUGCUCCCCCUCACCCCCACUUCCAGGACCAGGCUGUCCUCCUAUGGCAGCCUUACCAACCUCAACAACCACCUGAGCUCCAGUAAUCAGAACUUGUCCACCUCCACUGCAGGAGAUGAGUUCUUCCCCAUCUCUGGUAUUUAUGACAACACGACCGACAGCCGCAUGUCGGUGAGGAGUGCCCUCACCAGGAAAAUCCUGGAUGCAGAUACGGCUCUGAAGCUGCUGGAGGCUCAGGCGGCUAGUGGAGGCAUCGUGGACCUCAUGAAGAAGGACAAACUGUCAGUGCACAAAGCCGUGCAGCAGGGCCUCAUCGACCAGUCCCAGAUGUACAAGCUGCUCAAUGCCCAGAAGGCCUUCACCGGAGUGGAGGACCCCAUGACCAAGGAGCGCCUGGCCGUGGGGCCGGCUGCUCAGAAGGGCUACAUACCUGAGGAGAACGCCAAGAGGUACAUGGAAGCACAGUACCUGACCGGAGGCCUGGUGGACCCCGCCAAAGCUGGACGGCUGUCCAUCAAAGAGGCUCUGGAUUCUAAACUCAUCAGUGACAACAUGGCCAAACAGCUCCAAGACGAGACUCGCCACUUAAAGGAGCUCCAAGACCCCAUCACCAAAGAGAACAUCACCUACAAACAGGCCAUGGAGCGCUGUAAGAAGGACGUGACCACAGGCCUGCUGCUGCUGCCUGCGGCCUCCACUGAGAACAACGCUCCAUCCUACUCCAACUUCAAGUUUGCCUCUGCCACCAGAGUCACCGCUUCCUGA